GAUUCUCUUAAAACUUGAAUAAAGAACGUGUUAAGUUUUAUAGAAAAACUCUGUGUUAAUAUUUCGUUUAUUAAAAAGUUACGUAAAAAAAGUAAACAAAAUCACAUUUGUUUUGAUUCUCUUGACAUUGUAGCUGUGUCGCCGUGGAAGGGAUCCCACUCUCGACCUCCAUUCCAAGUUCAAUCAAAAAACCAGUUCAACAACAAGUUUCCACAAAUUCCUACAUUCAGUGCAGUUUAUAUUUGAUUACAAAAAUACAAAUGCCAUUACACGCGCGACAGUUUACUUGACGGGGGUGAUAAGAUAAAAUAAUCUCAAAAGCGUUCGGAGGUUCAUAAAGUCGUUGUUUCGGAUCAUGUGUGAUGCAGUGCCACGGAGACUAUCAGACAUGGGUGACAUUACAGUGCCAGAAUUAGAGAAAAUUAAUAAAAAUACGGAAAAUGAAAAGGAACAAAGUGAGACAAAGGAUGAAUGCGUCAGCAAUGAUCAGCGAUCGCCAUUUAGGAGGCAGGCGAUCAUUUCAUUUGGCGUCUUCAUGCUCACUCUGGGCGCUGGCGGCACAUCAGGCAUCUCUGCCAUUUUAAUACCACAAUUAGCACAUGCUAAGGGGAAGCAUGAAUUCUCAGUCGAAAUGGUAUCAUGGGUAGCCGCAAUAUCAUCUUUGGCCCUCUUCUUCGGUAACCUGAUGGCGGGUCUUUUAAUGGACAGACUUGGAAGACGUUUAUCUACAUUACUGCUAGCCGCCACCUUUGUAUCAGGAUGGCUGAUCAUUGGAUUUUCCUACGACAAAAUGUACUUAAUAUUAAUAGGAAGGUUCAUCACUGGAUUAUGUCAAGGAUGGCUUGGUCCUUUAGGUCCAGUGUAUGUAGGAGAAAUUAGUUCUCCAGCCUACAGGGGACUGUUCUUAGCAGCUCUCUCUUUGGGAAUCGCAGUGGGUGUCUUCAUGUCACAUUUGUUCGGUACAUUCCUUCACUGGAGCUUAGCAUCAUUGUUGUGUGGAUUCUUCCCUCUGUUUGGUGGAAUCAUCCUUUAUUACGCACCAGAAUCACCUUCGUGGUUGGCAUCUAAAAACAGAAUCGAUGAAUGUAUUAUGUCGUACCAAUGGUACAGAGGAAAUAGUGUAGCCAUGAAGACAGAGCUGGAUAAAAUGAUUGCAGAUCUCACAUCAAAACAAAAGACUCAAGGCAAAUUGAAAACUUUAGCUGCAAACAUUAAGAAGCCAGAAUUUUAUAAGCCAUUGGGAAUAAUGACUACAUUUUUCGUCAUUACACAACUCUGCGGAGUUAACGUUAUCUGUGCAUAUACAACAGAUAUGAUGAAAGAACUUAUCGGCAGGGGUUCAAAUAGCUCAUACGCAUACGCCGCCAUGUUGAGUAUAGAUUUGUUACGAUGUGUGUCCCUGGCAGUGGCCUGCAUGAUGCUCAGGAAGUCAGGAAGAAGACCCAUGGCAAUAUUCAGUGGAGUGUUCACGUCAUUAUCUUUAAUAGCAUUAGCUUUAUAUUUGUACCUGCAUAGUUCUGGUGUCAUCCAUGACAAGUCACCGUUUAUAUCUUUAGGUUUGAUGGCAUUCUACAUAAUUGUAUCAAAUCUAGGAAUUUCACCGCUUCCAUGGAAUAUGGUCGGUGAACUGUUUGCUGUUGAAACUAAAGGAGUUGGUUCUGGUAUCAGUGUUAUGAUGACAUCGAUUGCUUUCUUUGCAGUAGUAAAGACAGCUCCUUCUAUGUUCUUAAGCAUAGGUCACCAUGGAACUUAUCUGUUCUAUGGGUUAUCCACAUUGUGUGGUACCAUAUUCUUAUAUUUCUGUUUACCUGAAACAAAAGAGAAAACUUUACUUCAAAUUGAAGAAUACUUUAGGUAUGGUAAAAAAAAGAAUAGUAAAGAAGUAGAUAUCUAAGAAGUAGCGGUUACGACAUCAGCUGAUGACUGUUUGUAUUGGUUAUAUUUACAAAACUGAUCUCCUGAAUGACGUACAGACGUGAUAGUGUAAACUUAAGGUUGAUGUAGUCUGUUUGUACGAACGAUGAAAGGAGCCGUAUUUAUUUUAGUAAUCGCAAAAGCGUUUAAUGAAGUAUUUUAUCAAAAACUGUACAAUGUUCGUUGUAAAACAUUGUAGUGUGUAACGAAGAAGAACCAAUGCUUGUAUGAGUACUUGUAUGAUUCAGUUAACCUAGUUUGAUUGAUUCUCAUUGGUCACAGUUUAGUAGUAAUGAACAUAGAUAUGAUGAUCCAGUAUCUACAUAAAUAGAAUACGAUAAAGGAUUUCAACAAUAUGUAAUUGUAAUUUAUUGAAUAGAUGUUUCCUUGAAAUGAAUUAUGGAUGUAUUAAUUGUGGAUAUAAAUUUGUGAUCUAACUAUAAGAUUGUACUUAUCUAUAAGAGUUAAAAUAAUAGAAAUCUGAUAUUAAAGAUUAAUUUAAUUCGAA